AGCGCCGCCGUGCGCUUUGCAAAGGGGGAGGCGGCUGCUGCAGUAGGAACAGCAGCGGCCGCGGUGCAGCAGGUCGCGUGCGGCGCGCUCUCCCCGGAGCGCGGGCUCUUGCGGGUGCUCCGGGGCGCCGCCCUCCGAGCACCAUGCGGGAAGGUCUGCUGGGCUGGCCCGGAGCAGCGGCGAGGCCUGCGGGACACGCCCUGGGCGCUAUGGACUUGGCAGGGAUGGAUGUUGGAGCUGAAAUUGAACUGACAGAAGAUGGGUCCCUGGAUGAACUGCCUCUGCACUUGGAAAACGCCAAGAACUGUCUCUCCUGGGAAACCCUGGACACCUCCAGCAGCGAUGACGACGGGGAGGCCUAUUUCACCUUUUACCUCCCCGCUCGGCGCCCAGCCCGGCCUGCUCAGCACCUCCCCGCUCAGCGCCCGCCAGCCUCCCCCUCCACCCGGUCUGCCUCUUGUGCAAAAUGGAUCCCUCCCUUGUACCCCUGCCCGCUGCGCCCCAGCCUUCCCGCUGCCCCUGGGAGCCCGGCGUUUGGCGCUCACCAGUGCCAGAAGUGCCUGCAGGUCUUCAUGGAAGAGUGGCACUACGCCCAGCACCUCAAGGACCAUGCCCAAGAGGAGCUGCAGAAGCCUGCGGCGCCACCGCCCCGGGCGCGCUCCCCGCCCCGCAAGCUGCGCUGCCUGGAGUGCGGCAAGCGGUUCCUGCACCCGGAGCACUUUGCCCGGCACACCAAGUGGCACCUGAAGCUGGUGCGGAAGGGCAUCAAGGUCUGCCACAGGAAGGGGUGCAGGCGCUCCUCCUCUUCUUCCUCCUGCUCCUCUUCCCCCGCCUCCCAAGCUGCCUAUGUUUACAAGCCCGCCGAAACGCAGCCGGGAGCAAAAGGCACGUCCGGCCUGCCAGCUGUGCAGGAAGCUCCGAGGCAGCCGAAGAGCCUCCAGGCGCCCCGGGCCCAGAAGGCCAGCAAGCGGAAGUCCUCCAAGCACCAGAGGAAGCUGCCGGCUGCUGGUGCUCCGCCUGCCGAGAGCCUGCUCGGUCCCCCCCACCCGGGGCAUUCGGUGGCCAUCUUAGACGGGGACGUCGGCGUGGCCCUGCUGCAGCCGUGGCAGAAGCAGGAGGCCAUCUUGGAAGGCCAGGUGGCGGGGGGCCUGUUCCAGCCGGCGGUCAUGAACGCUGACAACCAGAUCAUCAUCCUGGACGGCGACGAGGCAGAGGUGCAGGCCACUCUCUUCGACGGGCAGGGGAACGUCAACGCCCUCCGGCCUCUUUUCCUCCGGGCCGAGGAACAGGCAGCCAUUUUGGACACUCCGGUGAGCCUGAGCUCCCUGCAGUUGGGGGGAGUCAAUAAGGACCAGGCCACCCUUGCCUCUGGGUGGGUCUCCCAGAACCCUUGCACGCUCCUCCGGACUGUGCUGCUCCAGACGGACGAGCAGGGGGCCGUCGUGGACGGCCAGGCAGAGCCCAGCCCCCUGCAGCAGGUGAUCAUCAAGACUUCAGAAGGGGCAUCCACACUGUAUCUGGACCCAGACCCUCACCUUUCUUCUGUGGACUUGGCCACCCUCCACUUGGUCCCUUUGCACCAAGAGUCUCAGUUUAUAACCGUCCCGUACGGGAACGCGUUGACCUUGGACAGCACAGAUCCGGUGUGCGACGGGAACGGGGCUUGGGAACAGCCCCAGGCCGCCACCGUGCAGUUCUCGGGGUACGUGCCGAACCCGUGUCAACAAAACAAGCAGCCGUCUCCCCCGGCAACCGCCACCCUUUCUCCCAAAGGCUCUGUGGUUGUCCGCCUGGUCCCCGGCACGUCUGGGGGCGACCACCCCGAGGUCUUGGAUCUGGAGUACGACAUGGGCGGCGGCAUCCCUGUGGCCUCUGAGCCGUGGGAGGCAAACGGGAGGGCCGGGCCAGAGGCCUACGGUGCCGAAGUGGUGGCGGCAGCAGAGGAGGACUUCAUCGUGGUGGAGGUGGACCCUGACUCGAGGGGUGCCAAGAUGGCGGCAGUGGGCCGCCCCCUCGGCAGCCACAAGCGGCAGGCCUCCCGGAGAAGGGUUCGGAAGCCGGCCAGACGGAAGAGGACUGCGUGGGGCUUCCGGUGCCCCGAUUGCGGGGCACGCUACAGCCGGAUGUCCCAGCUCCGCGCCCACCAGAAAUGGCCCCGGCGCCGAGGGCGGGGCUUCCUGUGUGAAUGCGGGACUUCCUUCCGCGGCCUGCUACACCUUCUGAGACACCAGCUGCAGCACCUGGAGGAAGCCCUCUUCAUCUGCGCGGCCUGCGGGAAGUCGCUCAAAGGGCACACGGGCCUCGCCAGGCACGGCUCCUGUCACCCUCGCCCGGUCCACUUCAGCUGCCUGUGCGGAGCCAGCUUCCAGCGCCUGUCCCGCUACCUGUGGCACCAUGUGAGGAACCAGCGGCCCGGCCUGCGGGUGUACACCCUCUCAGGUUUCCUCCCCUCGAGCUGAGCCAGGUGGGCUCACUCAGUCAGGGCCUCAGGAAUAUCUGGGGGUCCCGUUGAGAGCGGACCCUCAGCUUUGCCCACCAGUCCCUUGGCGGUUCGCCUUGUAUGUCUGGUGACCCGAAGACAAAAGGCUGCUGCUUCCAGGGGAGUGGUAGUCUGACAUGGUUUACUGGUUGUGAAGCUUCACUCGUUUCUGUUGGGAUGUAUUUCUUUUGUUUUGUUCUCCUCCCCUCAUGUAAUUAUGACUGUGAAAAUUAAAACAGCAAAAGAUGCUGAGUCCAUCACUCUUUGCUUACCUGCAGAGGGAGGCCUGUGUGGUAGCAGAAACCUGUGUUUCUUAUAUGGGUUGUGUUCACAAGAGGAAGGCUGAGGUGUGUAGACUGGCAUGGGCUCACCUGGCGUGAGGCACAUGGAGGGGGACAGCUCCCAUCAUCCCUGACCAUUGGUUGGAGUAACUGGGGCUGGUGGGAAUUGGAGUCCAACAGCACGUGGGGUGGGGUGGGGGACCGCCAUAUUGGCUGCCCUUGGUGUAGCAGCUGAGAACAUAUUUGGGUUGACUGCAAAGGUGCCCCCAAUGAACCAAUCAACAGCUUCUUUUCACAUUGUAAGUUAUUUUCAAUACAGGUACCUACCGGUAUGAAAAACUAGGGAUGGCAAACACCAUCUUAAGAGGUGCUUCCACCUGCCAGAGAAUGCAGAACGCAUCUUCUAAUAUGUUUUUGCAACAUGUGUGCAUGAGCUAAAAACAACUUGUGCAUAUAUCUAUGCAGUUCUUUGGCUACAUCCAGACUCAGUUGAAAUUAAGUCCAAUUGAAAUCGACGAGUCACGUCGUAGCCACGACUUUAUUUGAGAACUUGUCGCUUUCAAUGGUAGAGCUAUAUGGAUCCAGCCCGUUGCCUUUUCCUGAAUCCACAUGAAUGCAGAUUUAAUUAAUCGUUUGAUAUGUACACAAUAAGUAGUGAUCUCUAUUCCAGGGGAGUAAAGAACUCUGGUCUCUUCAUUGGAAGUGGCUGGUGAGGUGCAAACCCCUCUCCUUAAAACUGCUGCCUCGGUGUGUAUCGCGAUGGCACCCCAGGGGUGGGAGGGAGGAU